AUUUUAAAAGAAGGUUAAGCUUGGAGAGUAAUUAUAUGCAAUGGUCUCAUUAUGUAUGCUUGCAGCCUGUCCAGAUGGUUCCUAUGGUAUCAAUUGUACCUCUCGAUGUGGAAACUGUCUAGAUGGCGACAUCUGUGACAAAACAAACGGAAUAUGUCGUAAAGGGUGUGCAGCAGGUUGGAUGAAUGACGGCACAUGUCUACAACGAUGUGCCGUGGGAACGCAUGGGAUUAACUGUACUUCAGAUUGUGGGUGUGAGGGUCAAACGUCCCGUGACACGUGCAGUGAAGAGGGAUCCACCUGGGGAAUCCCAGUGGCAGCUGUCAUUGGUGUGUUCCUGAUCUGCACAGUCACUGGAUCAACCAUAUACAUCAGACGAUUACUGAAACAACUGGAGAGCUUGAAGACCAAGGUGAGAGAGGAACACUAUGUGGCACUUGAUGCGAAGACAAAGACAACAGCAACAGAAAGUACAUACGAACAUAUCGACAAUGCAACGCCUUACUACAAUACAGUCAAUCAUCUUCAGGAUGAAACUGGAUGAGAUGACAGGGGAACAUUCCAUACUACAGAAACAGAUACUUUUGUACCAACGUGGUACUUAGUAAAUAAUAACCAUCACAAAGGGAAGCAGUUUUGGGGACGUGUAGUGCUUUAUAGAGAACAGCAUGUAAAUGGUACAUAGAUACUUUUAUAUACACUUUUAUGUUUUUCUCAUCGAUCAAACAAUUUAAAUUUAAUGGAGCACCAGUUGUUAGUUGUUACAGGGACCACAGGAACAAGUGGCGUACAGGCGACACCUCAAUGGCCAUAGUGAGUGUACAAAAUGAAAAUAGAAUGAUGACUUUGUGUACUUUUUUGUGGUUACAGGACCUGGCAUAAUAGAUGAUCAGAUGCGUACAUAUAACAAAUGAAGGGCAGAAGAACUCAUACAUGACUCAUGAUUUGAUUGAUAUCAAGUUUUGCACAAUCAUGUGUGUUCGUUAUAGCAUCAAACCAUGUUAGCAUAGUUCUGGUAGAAACGUAUGAUACGACGUGCUUCACAUGCGAUAGUCAUAAAAGAUAAAUAUUGACUCCUGUACAUUAUUUGUGAAUGACACCCAUAAUCAUAUUUUCUACUUUGUUUAUUUUAUCUUUAUCCUCUGUUGACGCCGUACAUCAUUUUCUGUUUUUCAUGCUCAGUUAAUCGAACCUGACUCUUCUCAUGAAACGUAUCCUUGUGAAGAUCAAGCAUGCACAUGCUGUCUUACUUUGCCACUAUUGACGGAUACGAGAACUUAAAGGACGUCAAGGCUUGGUCUUCUAGGGCCAGGAUUGUCACAAAAUGCCUUAGGCAGUAGGGUGUAAAGCGGUUAGCGUGGCCAGCAUGCUCGGCAGACCUCAAGCCAAUUGAGUAUGCCUGGGAUGAACUCAGCACCAGUGUAUCUCCCAGGACUCCACAGAGCUCUUGUAGAAGAAAGGAAUGCGACUUGAUAAGGAGCAUGAAAACAAGGAGCAGCUGUGUCUUGGACACGCGGGGAGGGUACACUUGUCUGUAUGUCACGAUGUGUCACGUUUCUCAGCACAUUAAACUUUACGAUGACA